AUGGUGGAAUGGGAUGCGAUUGUCGCUACAGGCAAACCGAUUGUCGCGGACUUUUGGGCCCCGUGGUGUGGUAAAUGCACGCAGAUGCGAGGGUUUGUGGAGGCACUGGCCCAAGAUCACCCGCGCGUGACGUUUGUGCGAAUGAACACGGCGGACGAGGGCGUGGAUCCUAUCAAGGCCGCACUCAAUGUGACUGUACUACCGACUUUUCGCUUCUUCAACGGCGGACAAGAAGUUGGCCAGGCCGUGACAGGCUACAAGAAGGACCAACUAAAAGACCAAAUUGUCAAGCUUGCACUGUAA